CCUCCGGCGCAUCGCAGGGCGACUCGCCCCGUGUACCGCCGCCUGCAGGCCAGGGAGCGAACCCGCCCCGUGGCGCGGGCCUAGGGGACUAGCCGAGUUCCUAGGGGCCGUGCGAUGGGCGUCCGCGACGUCCAGUCACGCCUGAGGUCGGCGCCGUGAGGUGACCGCGGUGGUGCAGGGCGUGCCGCAGGUGGCCGUGGCUGCUUUGGACAGUCCACCUCCCCGGGGGCCGGACCAGGCUUUGUCAGACCCGACACGACUCGUGCUGGGAACGAAGCAAAGCUGAGGCUCAGAGCCGGGGCCGCCGGCGCUCCGCUCCCGGGUUAGCUGGCCCGGUCCCCAGAGCCGCAGGUCCAGAAGUCACCCCAGCCCAGAGCCGUGUCGCCACCCUCCGCGCGCCGAGAGCCGAGGCAUCACAGCCUCAGAGACUUCUUCAGGACUCACAGAAACCAGCGACGCCCUGGUGAUGGCACAGUGGGACUGUUUUCUUCCUCCGGGUCUGAAUGAGCGCAGGGAGGAGAGCCAAGGUAGAACCGGCGGACCUCUGGCUGUCCUGUAGCAUCAUCAGACCUCCGCGAACCCCUUUUUGAGCCCAAGACAAAGCUCGCGGGAACAAAUGAUUUUGAGUCAUGAAUGAAAAAUUUUGCUCUUUCUAUAAUGAAAAAGAAUUAAAAGACGGGCAGGUUAAAAGAGUAUCUCCUGGGCAUUCUGCGGCUCAUGACAAGAAUGGUGGUGCUCUCAUGGACUUCAGAGGAAUUCCUAUCUCAGCGUUGAAGACUCAUGAUGUUCUCCGGGCCCUGACGGCAGAAACUAAUGGAUGGGAGCCAGGUGUCGUGAGUGCAGAGGUGCUCCAGGCCCAGGAGGAAUGGGAGGCCGUGGACACCAUCCACCCCGAGGCAGAAAGCUGGCGCUGCUCAGACCAGCCUGGACAGCUCAUCUCCUUUGGGGAGGCCCUGCAGCACCUCCAGACUCUGGACCUCUCUUCCUUCAAGAAGAGAAUACAGCCAACUGUUCGAAGGACUGGGCUCGCCGCCCUCCGGCACUGCCUCUUUGGACCUCCAAAGCUCCACCAGGGCCUUAGGGAAGAAAGGGACUUGGUCCUGACCAUUGCCCAGUGUGGCCUGGACAGCCAAGACCCAGUGCAUGGCCGUGUGCUCCAGACCAUCUACAAGAAGCUGACUGGCUCCAAGCUGGACUGCGCCCUCCGGGGAGACCACUGGGAGGACCUUGGCUUCCAGGGAGCGAAUCCAGCCACAGACCUUCGAGGGGCGGGCUUCCUUGCCCUCCUGCAUUUGCUGUACCUGGUGAUGGAUGCAAAGACCUUGCUGAUGGCCCAGGAGAUUUUCCGCCUGUCUCGUCACCACAUUCAGCAGUUUCCUUUCUGUUUGAUGUCUGUGAACGUCACCCGCAUCGCCAUCCAGGCCUUGAGGGAGGAGUGUCUCUCCAGGGAGUGUAACCGGCAGCAAAAGGUCAUUGCCGUGGUGAACAGCUUCUAUGCUGCCACUUUCCUCCGCCUUGCCCACGUCUGGAGGACCCAGCAGAAGACCAUCUCAGACUCUGGCUUUGUUCUCAAAGAUUUGGAAGCGUUGGCCAAGAAGAGCCCACGGCGGCUGCUCAAGACCCUGGAGAGCUACCUGGCCCGGGCAUCAAAGGGACAGGCCUCCUUGUUGGCACAGAAGUACCCUGGGCCACAAGCCCCUCGCGCCUCAGAUCUCACCUUCACAGGUGUGUGUGACCUGCAGCCCCACUCUUCUGAGGGUGCAGGGCUGAUCUGAGACUCCCAGAGACCAGCUGAUAGAAAGACUCCCAGCCUGGGCCACCAGGCUUCCAAGGACACAUGGCAAACCACGUCUAGAGCCCCCUGGCCAGGCCAGGCGCUUUCCUGCCUCGGCAAAUGAGGUGGGAAGCUCCUGGGCCUGGGUACCCUCACCAGUGGGAGAUGCUCCGCUCCAGGCGACUAGACCUGACUGCUCCCUGCAGACCUGCCUCCGGAGCAAGUAGAGUCCUGCCGUCCCACCCGUGCUCCCGCCCCCAGGGCUGCAUCCCAGCAUCCGUGGCAGUGAGUGGUGCAAGGCACAGCAGCCCAUCUUGGGUGCCAUGCUCCUCCACAGCACAGGAGCUUGCCAGGUGGAGACAGCUGGAGCUCUGGUUCCCUGGCAGCAUUGGGCCCUGCCUCUGGGUCAAAUCCCAGGGGGAGGAGCAGCGAUGACAGCCAGCAGGGGGCAGCACUGGCAUCUGGCGCAGCUCCUCCCCAGGCCUCCCCUCCCCUCUCAGUUUGUGGUCUAGAGAUGGGCAUUGGGCUGGUGGCCCCGGCUGCCCCAUCCCAGCUGCCCACCAGCUAGGGGCUUGUCCUGGGAGACUGUACGCUUCCUCAUGAUGGUUUUCUGUCCUGAGCGAGGAAGGAGGAAUUUGCUCACACACCAGCACUUCUAGAAUAAAGCAGUUGCUCCAGUUGGA